UCAAAAGAACCGAUUUGAAAGAACGACUCAUUCACGUCGCUUCUCCAUAUAAACGAGCGUCUACUACUAUCAGUUCCCGAGUUUAAAGAAGUUAGUCAGAUACCGUUUUGAGGCUAAAUUUGGGGUCGUGACUAGCAGCAGUUUCCUAGUCGCACUGCUUUGAAACUAGCCUUGGACACUUUUGCUCAACCUAGCUUUAGCAGCUCUACUGCUAGCCUGUCUCAGCCAACAAACUAACGUUGUGCGUUAGCUGUAAUGUUUUCUCAGCUACGCUCGCUAAUAGCUAAUCGUGUCUUGCUAACCAGCUCGGAUACAUUCAUACUGCAUUAGCCAGUUAGCUCUUCAGGUGCUGCUUUCCUCUCUGUUGUAGUCUUCUGAAUGUUGACUGUGUGGACCCUUCCAUACCCAACAGCGUUGCGUUAUCGUAGAAAUUAUUCAUUUACCUGUUUUGCUAGCUAACCUUGCUAGCUUGGUUAUGCAAAAAGAGUCGCUGUGGUGGCUACAGUUGUCUGUUUGUAUGGCUAACGACAGGUACUUAAGUUGACGUAGCAGGGUGAUGUGCUAGCUAACCUAAACAGAAAGCGUCUUAAUCGUUCACACUGUCGUAGGUUAUACGUGCUGGUUUAAUGGGGCUUAAAGGCAAGAUGCGUUUUUCUGGAAAGACAUGGGUGCUCCUAGUCGUGGUGGUACUUGUCACUCUGGAAGUGGCAGCUGACGUGGAACCAGAAACCAAUGAAGUCCCAGACGCUGGUCCUUCUCAGUAUUUUCAUGACCAGAGCACAGAAGAGGAUGAGGUUCCUGUUGGCUCCAGAGUGGUGGCAGGACAUGCUGUUUCCCCGCAGGAAGCCCCUCCAACGACUGAUGAGCAUCGGAUUGAGGAGGACAUGAAGGAUCGGGCAGUGGAAAAUGAGGCUGAGGGGAUUGAAAAGGAGGACCUUCCCAACCAACCCCCUCCAACAGAUGCUAAAAUUAAGGAGGUUCCUGUGGUGAUUGGGGGCACAGCCUCUGGGGAGCCCUGCCUCUUUCCUUUCCUCUUCUUGGGGAAAGAGUACUCUGACUGCACCACAGAGGGAAGAGGAGAUGGGAGACUGUGGUGCGCCACCACCUAUGAUUAUGAGCACGACAAAAAAUGGGGCUUCUGUGAAACGGAAGAGCAGGCAGAACAGAGAAGACAAGCAGAGGAGGCGGAGGAGCAGUACCAGGCCACCCUGAAGCUGAUCAACAGUACAAGCAGAAAGAGCCAGAAAAAAGAGUUGUAUGAAAAGCUGCUGAAGGUGGCAGGCAUGGGUCACACCAAGGCCAUGGAGAAGGUGGCGUAUGCCAUGCUGUUUGGAGACUACUUAGCCCAGAAUGUGCCACACGCCAAGGAGCUUUUUGAGAAGCUGGCACUCGAAGGAUCGCCCAAAGCACAGACUGCACUUGGUUUCUUAUAUGCAGCAGGAUUAGGUGUGAACUCCAGUCAAGCAAAGGCGUUAGUGUAUUACACUUUUGGAGCUCUGGGAGGAAAUCUGGUUGCACACAUGAUUUUGGGUUACAGAUACUGGGGAGGUGUUGGAGUCCCUCAGAGCUGUGAGUCUGCCCUCACUCACUACAGACUGGUGGCUAAUCAUGUGGCCAGUGAUGUGUCCCUGACUGGGGGCAGUGCAGUGCAGAGGAUUCGAUUGCUGGAUGAAUUGGAAAACCCUGGUUCCCCCAGUGCCAUGCUGGAGGAGGACUUGAUCCAGUACUACCAGUUUUUGGCUGAGAAAGGAGACGUGCAAGCCCAGGUGGGUUUAGGACAGUUGCACUUACAUGGAGGCAGAGGGGUGGAGCAGAAUCAUCAGCGUGCCUAUGAAUACUUCAAUCAGGCUGCCAAUGCAGGCAACACACAUGCUAUGGCCUUCCUUGGAAAGAUGUACUCGGAAGGCAGUGAGUUUUUGCCCCAGAACAAUGAGACCGCUCUGCAUUAUUUCAAAAAGGCUUCAGAACAAGGAAACCCAGUUGGUCAGAGUGGACUUGGCAUGGCCUACCUGUAUGGCAGGGGUGUUCCUGUGAACUAUGAUCUGGCACUCAAGUACUUUCAGAAAGCUGCGGAACAAGGCUGGGUGGAUGGACAACUACAGCUGGGAACCAUGUACUACAAUGGAAUUGGAGUGAAGCGUGACUAUAAGCAGGCUCUGAAGUUCUUCAACCUGGCCUCCCAGGCUGGUCAUAUUCUGGCCUUCUAUAACCUGGCCCAGAUGCAUGCCACUGGAACAGGAGUGAUGCGCUCCUGCCACACUGCAGUGGAGCUCUUUAAGAAUGUGUGUGAGCGAGGCCGUUGGUCAGAGAGGCUCAUGGGGGCCUAUGGCAGCUUUAAGGAGGGUGACAUGGACUCUGCACUGGUGCAGUAUCUGUUGCUGGCAGAACAGGGCUAUGAGGUCGCACAGAGCAACGUGGCCUUCAUCCUUGACCAGAGACAGUCCCGGAUCUUCAGUGAAAAUGAAACCUACCCUCGAGCUCUCCUUCACUGGACUAGGGCAGCGGCCCAAGGUUACACAGUAGCGAGAAUUAAGCUCGGUGAUUAUCAUUUCUAUGGCUAUGGCACUGACGUGGACUACGAGACUGCUGUCAUCCACUACAGACUGGCCUCAGAGCAGCAGCACAGCGCCCAGGCCAUGUUCAAUUUGGGCUACAUGCAUGAGAAAGGCCUUGGCAUUAAACAGGACAUCCACCUGGCUAAGCGUUUCUAUGACAUGGCUGCAGAGGCCAGUCCUGAUGCGCAGGUACCUGUGUUCCUGGCUCUGUGCAAACUGGGCCUCGUCUACACACUGCAGUACCUGCAAGAGCUUAAUCUGAAGGAGCUUGUUUCUCAGGUGGAUCUGGACCAGUUGUUGGGUCCGGAGUGGGAUCUCUACCUCAUGACUGUUAUAGCUCUACUUUUGGGCACUGUUAUUGCAUAUCGACAGAGGCAGCACCAAGCCGUGCCGAGGGUGCCCCCAGGACCCCCAAGACCUCCAGCCCAACCAGAGCAGGCUGCCCCUGAGGCUGAUCAGGAGUGAAAUAUGGGUCUAAAGCUGGGUUGUGUUGAGCCAACAGACAUUUGGGACCUGGGCUGGUGGUUCAAGAGUUUGCUCUCUAGGACAGCUACAGCAGCUGCCUCCACCCAGCUACCGGAUUUAACCUCUCCCUAGUGUUCCAAUGAAACAGGAACUGUCUAGACUCUCAUGUUGCUCUCCAGUGGACUUGAGCUUUGUGGCUGGAAAAUGGCAGAAACAAAAUGGAGGGCAAAAACACAGGACUAACUUGCUGUCUCUAAAGCGUGUGGCUCAGGGUAUCACCAGCUGAAGCUUCAUUUAUUUGUGCUAAUUAGUGCUCACUCUUUGGGGUUGUAAGUAAAGUACAGGACUAUUACUUUCAUUAGCCACUGUGCUUGAAGCCAAGGACCUGCUUCUGUUAUGUUCCCCUGCACCACUUCAAAUGGUUCUUUUAAGAGCAGGUUGGUUCACGCCGAUUUACCCUUGUCUCACGCCUUUGCUGAAUAAAAAGUGAAAACACACUGGAACUCAAGUUAUCAACUACAAAAAAAGGACUAGCAUGUUUUGCUAUCACAUGUUUUGCUGACUGGAGUGGAUUGUUGGCAGACAUGCUUGAUUCGUUAUCAUAUUUUUCAAACACUCUGUCUGCAAAUUAAUUUAUAAUAGUAAAUGAUAAUUACCUUGUUUGCCAGUGCACUAGUGUAAUUGAGGUCUGAAGCUGGCGCAUAA